AUGUCGAGCGCCGAUCCCGAGCACCGAGAGGAGGAGGAGGCCCCCGCCGCUGGCGAUGACGAGGACACCGGAGCUCACGUCGCUCCUAUAGUCAAACUCGAGGAGGUUGCUGUCACUACCGGCGAGGAAGACGAAGAUCCAAUCCUAGAUCUCAAAUCAAAACUGUACCGUUUUGACAAGGACGGGAACCAGUGGAAGGAGCGAGGCGCGGGCACCGUGAAGUUCCUGAAGCACAAGGUUACCGGCAAGGUUAGGCUUCUCAUGAGGCAAUCCAAGACGCUCAAGAUCUGUGCCAAUCAUCUCAUUUUGCCUACGAUGUCUGUGCAAGAGCACGCUGGGAACGAGAAAUCCUGUGUUUGGCAUGCUAGGGAUUAUGCUGAUGGUGAACUUAAGGACGAACUUUUCUGCAUCCGUUUUCCUUCUAUUGAAAAUUGCAAAAGCUUCAUGGAAAAGUUCCAAGAAGUUGCUGAAUCCCAGAAGACAGAGGAUGAGACGGAAUCAUCUGCUGCGGCUGGUCUUAUUGAGAAAUUAAGUGUUGAAGAGAAGGCUGACAAGAAAGAUGAGAAAACUGAGGAGAAAGAAUCUGGAAAGGAAAGCAAGGCAGUUGAAGAUCAGAAAGCUGAAGAGCCAACGUCCUCAGCUUGA